UCUUGUCUCCUGUGAAACGCUUUCCUUUCGACUAUAUCUUGCUUGUUCUCCUUUAUAGAUUUGGAGGCUGUAAAACUGAAGAUAUAUGUAAUUGAUUGUCACUUUCUUUCUCCCAUGAAUCACAGGGAUCGCUUAUGGAAAACCCGCCUCUGACCAUUGGCUCAAUCGAUCAGAGUAAAGUUCAGAGGAAUCAGGUAUGUAAAAAAGGAGGUAUUGGUUGAGGGUUACGGAGCUGUGGAACUUCGUAUUAUUUUUGGGCUAGUGCUUGCCUUUUGUACAUGAGAACCUAACCCUUUCCAUAUAUCAUACACAUCUUACGUAUAAAAAAAUUAAACAUGGAGUCUUGCAACUGUAUUGAGCCACAAUGGCCAGCUGACGAACUAUUGAUGAAGUACCAAUAUAUUUCAGACUUCUUCAUUGCACUUGCUUAUUUUUCAAUUCCUCUUGAACUUAUCUACUUUGUAAAGAAAUCUGCCGUUUUCCCUUAUAGAUGGGUGCUUGUGCAAUUUGGUGCUUUCAUAGUUCUUUGUGGAGCAACACACCUUAUUAACUUGUGGACUUUCAGUACACAUUCAAGAACUGUGGCAGUUGUAAUGACCACAGCAAAAGUUUUGACUGCUGUUGUGUCUUGUGCAACUGCACUCAUGCUUGUGCAUAUUAUUCCUGAUUUGUUGAGUGUGAAGACUAGAGAGUUAUUUUUAAAAAAUAAGGCUGCUGCGCUUGACAGAGAGAUGGGCCUGAUUCGUACACAGGAAGAAACUGGCCGGCAUGUUAGAAUGCUGACUCAUGAGAUAAGAAGCACCCUUGACAGGCAUACCAUCCUGAAGACCACUCUUGUUGAGCUGGGUAGAACUUUGGCAUUGGAGGAGUGUGCACUGUGGAUGCCAACACGCACUGGUUUGGAGCUUCAACUUUCCUAUACUCUUCGCCACCAAAAUCCUGUUGGGUUUACUGUACCUAUUCAGCUUCCUGUGAUCAAUCAAGUUUUUAGCACCAGCCGUGCUGUAAAAAUAUCACCGAGUUCCCCAGUUGCAAGAAUCCGGCCUCUCACAGGAAAAUAUAUUCCUGGGGAGGUUGUUGCUGUGCGUGUCCCACUUCUACAUCUCUCAAAUUUCCAGAUUAAUGAUUGGCCGGAGCUUUCCACAAAACGUUAUGCAUUGAUGGUUUUAAUGCUUCCCUCAGAUAGUGCAAGGCAGUGGCAUGUCCAUGAGUUGGAGCUUGUGGAAGUGGUCGCUGAUCAGGUGGCAGUUGCUCUUUCACAUGCUGCAAUUUUGGAAGAAUCUAUGAGGGCAAGAGAUAUGCUUUUGGAGCAAAACGUUGCUCUGGAUUUGGCAAGGAGAGAAGCAGAAACAGCAAUUUGUGCUCGUAAUGACUUUCUGGCAGUUAUGAACCAUGAGAUGCGAACACCUAUGCAUGCAAUUAUUGCACUCUCUUCCUUACUGCAGGAAACUGAGCUGACACCUGAACAACGCUUGAUGGUCGAGACAAUCUUGAAGAGCAGUAACCUCUUAGCAACACUCAUUAAUGAUGUUUUAGAUCUCUCAAGGCUUGAAGAUGGAAGCCUUGAACUGGAUAUUGGGACUUUUAACCUUCAUUCAGUAUUCAGAGAGGUUGUAAACUUGAUCAAGCCUAUUGCUUCUGUCAAAAGGUUGCUGGUGUCAUUAAAUUUGGCUCACGAUUUGCCAGAGUAUGCUGUUGGAGAUGAAAAACGUCUCAUGCAAACCAUUUUAAAUGUAGUGGGUAAUGCUGUGAAAUUUUCAAAAGAGGGCAACAUCUUAAUUUCUGCUUGUAUUGCUAAGGCAGAAUCUUUAAGAGACUCCCACAUUCCUGAAUUUUCUCCACUGCUAAGUGAUAAACACUUCUAUUUGCGAGUACAGGUAAAAGAUUCGGGAUCAGGAAUUAGUCCCCAAGAUAUUCCAAAGAUAUUUAACAAAUUUACACAAAAUCAUGCAACAGCAAAUAGAAACUCUAGUGGCACAGGACUUGGGCUUGCUAUUUGUAAGAGGUUUGUAAGUCUCAUGAAGGGGCAUAUUUGGAUUGAAAGUGAAGGUCUGGGAAAAGGGUGUACUGCUGUAUUCAUAGUGAGACUUGGGAUUGCAGAGCACUCACAUGAUUCUGGGCACCAUUUUAUCCCUAAACUGCAAGCAAACCAUGUGCAAGCAAGCUUUUCAGGACUUAAAGUUCUCCUAAUGGAUGACAAUGGAAUCACCAGGAUGGUGACAAAGGGACUUCUUGUGCAUCUGGGAUGUGAUGUGACAGUUGUUACCUCUGGUGAUGAGUGCUUGAGGGUUGUUACUCAGGAGCACAUGGUUCUUUUUCUGGAUCUAAGCAUUACUGGGAUGGGUGCAUAUGAAGUUGCAGUCUGUGUACAUGAAAGAUUUCCGAAACGUCAUGAGAGGCCGCUGCUAGUGGCACUUACAGGGAACACAGAAAAAGCAACCAAGGAGAACUGCUUGAGAGCUGGUAUGGAUGGUGUCAUACUGAAACCUGUUUCCCUUGAGAAGAUGAGAAAUGUUUUGUUAGAACUCUUAGAGCAUCAGGCCCCACGGGAAGUCCAGUAAGUAGUAGUUAAAUACAGGCAUCAGGGAGUUGACUUGAGGGAGUCACCACCUGAAAAGAUAAAUUUCAGAAGCUGCAGCUGCACACGUCCACGCCAUUCUCAUCCCGUAUUCCAUGGCAUGAUGGCCAAAGUCGUCUCUCCAGCGAAGCAUGGAAGGAUAUUUUACUACUAAUGGUAUUAGUAUUCUUAUCCCAAAGAAGUGACAAAGGAAUGGAGCAAGUAAUCCAGAUUGGACUGCAUGCUGUGGGUCUUGAUCUCAUACUUAAAGGGCUGCUAUUUCUGCUUCAAAGCCUGAUCGUUCUCAUCAGCAACCACAUGAUAUAUAAAAGUAAAUAUGUGCCAUCUUCUCUACGUGUAUGGUAAGAGUUGAUACUUCAGUAAUAUUAUAUGUAACAUUAUUAUCUUCUACAGUCUUCUCUGUGAGUCUUUAUCUUCAACAGCCUUGCUUCUUGGUCCUGUGCAUAUGCGAACUUGUGCAAAUUGCAAAAUGUGGUGUCCGGGGAUACGUCCUUGGGUAAUGAUCUUUAGAGUUA